AGUACGAGACGCUGGCGAGCGGCGGUUUCCAUUUUCCAAAACAGCGGCUCUGAUGAAGACGCUCCCAUUUUCAAGAAAAGACGCUCAAACAGAACUCUCAAAAAUUUCUCAAACUCAAUCUCAUUCUUAAAUUUACUUCCCCUUUUCUUCGAUUCUCUUUCUCGCUCGUGUUUCUGUUUUUCAACUUGCUUCGACACUGAAUCUUCAUCAACGUCCCUAUUGCCUCUCUCUCUCUCUCUCUCUCUCUUUUUUUAUAUAUCUAUCCAUUUGGGAUAUCCAGAAGGUCAAACAGAUGUAGGAGUGCCCGAAGCUUAUCUUGUGUUAUUACAGGGUUAUGGCAACGUAUGAUAUUGAUCCUGAUGUUAUGAGAUGGGGACUUCAUCUUUUGGAUGUUUGCACGUUUACAAAUGACGGUUCUGGUAGUACUGUUACUGAAUAUAGAUUUGACCCGAGUUGUAGUCAAGUGGAAUAUGUCAUUGAAGGUUAUUGUGAGCCGUGUAAUGUAAAUUUGGAGAACGAUGAGGCUUUAGCACACGCUUUUCAAGAAGAGAUAUCGAGAAUUGAUUCUAUAGAAGCUUCUGGGGUAUCUGAUUCCAGGGAUGACCAAAUGCAAGCAUCUGUUCUUGCACAGGAAUGGCCUGGUCCUUCGUCUAGGCACAACCCUUAUGGGUUUGACGGUGAUCAGAAAACAAAUUGUGUUAACGACAUAAACGUCGAGGAGCCAGGUGAUCUGAGAGUUAACGAGGUGGACAAGAUGGGAAUUUCCUCUUCAUAUCAUAACUCAGUAGAUAAUCCUUUUGUGGACGAGUGCUCUUCAUAUUCGUUGGAAAUAAUUGAUGAGUCUGCACUGGAUGGUGAAGUGGGCAAAAGACUUAAUCAAAUUGUUCCUGUCCCUCAUGUUCCAAAGACCAUUGAGAAGAUACCUUCAGCUGAUGAAGAGAUGUCAGAUCACCAACGGCUCCUUGAAAGAUUGCAGUUGUACGAGCUGGUCGAGAAUACAGUUCAAGGAGAUGGAAACUGUCAGUUUCGUGCCUUAUCAGAUCAACUAUAUCGAUCUCCUGAACAUCAUGAUUUUGUGAGAGAACAAGUUAUAGCCCAGCUAAAGUUUUGUCGAGAAGUGUACGAGGGUUAUGUUCCAAUGACCUAUGAAGAGUACCUGAAGAAGAUGAGCAAGAAAGGAGAAUGGGGUGAUCAUGUUACAUUACAAGCUGCUGCAGACUGGUUUGGAGUUAAGAUAUUUGUGAUAACAUCUUUCAAGGAUACAUGUUCAAUUGAAAUACUUCCACAAGUUCAAAAGUCCAACCGGAUUAUUUUCCUGAGCUUUUGGGCUGAAGUGCACUAUAAUUCAAUUUAUCCCGAAGGAGGCAUUAUUUGAUUUUCAGAGAUACCAACAUCCUGUACAAAGAAGAAGAAGAAAUGGUGGAACUUUGGGGCUUAGAUUUGGGUCUUAUUGACAAAGCUAGUGGAAAGCUUCCAUUCUACCAACCAUCCUUUUACUGAUGCUUAGGUUCAUAAUUUCUGAAAAGCUGAUUGCUGAUGCCUCUCACUGUUCUUCUUUUUUCCUUUCUUUCUGUAAAUAUUUGCACAUUAAUUAUUGAUUAUUAUUAUAGAGCAUAUUCUUUUAUUGUA